AUGGCAGUGUUUAUGAUCCAGGCACUGGGAACAGAAUGUAUUUUCCAUGAUAUUGACAGAACUGAGAAUCCAGAAGUUGAACUGAAUGUCAGUCAGAUCAUUCUUCACUGGCAAUACCCGGUUGAAGAGUAUGAAGUUGAGACAGAAGAUUCAUAUAUCCUUACCCUUGUAAGGAUUCCCCAUGGAAGAAUGGGCAAUAAUAUAUCAGCUCAGCAGCCUGUCGUGUUUUUGCAGCAUGGUUUGUUGGCAUCAUCUGUCUCCUGGGUCUCCAACCUUCCUAGCAACAGCCUGGGCUUCAUUCUAGCAGAUGCAGGUUUUGAUGUGUGGAUGGGAAACAGUAGGGGGAGUACCUAUUCCCUGAAACAUGCCUUUUUGUCAAGAAAUUCCACUCAAUACUGGGCUUUCAGUUUUGAUGAAUUGGCUCUAUAUGACCUUCCAGCCUCCAUUGACUACAUUGUGAAAAAAACUGGGAAGAAGAUAUAUUAUGUGGGCCAUUCUCAGGGCACCCUUACUGGUUUCAUGGCAUUCUCCACCUUACCCAAGCUGGCUCAGGAAGUCAAAGCUUUUUUUGCCUUAGCUCCAAUCUUUUACCUUCAGCACAUCAGAAGCCUCCCAUUUCUACUCCUUUUGAAGCUGCCCAGGCCAUUGUUAAGGGUUUUACUGGGUGAUAAGGACUUUCUGCCUGAGACCUCCCUCAACAAGGUUCUGGCCACUAAAGUAUGCGACAAUGAAAUAAUUGGUGUUGUCUGUGGCAAAUUCAUCUUCGCUUUGUCUGGGUUUGAUCCAGAAAACAGUCGAAUUGACGUAUAUGCAGCACAUAACCCAGCGGGAACAUCAGUUGAGAACAUACUCCAUAUCUACCAGAGUUAUCAUGAAAUUCUUCCAAUACUCCGAGCUUAUGACUGGGGGAGUCCUGAAGUGAACUUAGCCCACUAUAAUCAGAUGAUUCCUCCAACUUACAACCUAUCAGCGAUGAAAGUGCCAACUGCGCUGUGGAGUGGUCUAAGAGAUUUGUUGGCUGACCCAAUAGAUGUCUCCAAUUUGGUUCCCAAAAUUCCCAACAUGAUGUACCACAAGAUUAUCCCUACUUAUGAUCAUUUUGAUUUUGUUUUUGGCAUUAAUGUACCUCAAACAAUUUACUAUGAAAUAAUCAAGAUGAUCAAGGAAAGCCAGUAA